GUCCAUAUGCCUGGAGUGGGUGGCUACAUUGUGUCUAUUGUAUGGGUUGAUUUUUGUUUUGUUUUGUUUUUUUGGGCUGGCAUUUUGUACAUCACGGGAGGUUUAAAUUGGAGUGAAAAGCAUGGCUGAUGAGCAAGAAAUCAUGUGCAAACUGGAAAGCAUCAAAGAGAUCAGGAAUAAGACUUUGCAGAUGGAAAAGAUCAAGGCACGCCUGAAGGCAGAGUUUGAAGCCCUGGAAUCGGAGGAGAGGCACCUGAAGGAAUACAAGCAGGAGAUGGACCUUCUGCUGCAGGAAAAGAUGGCCCAUGUGGAGGAGCUGCGGCUGAUCCAUGCUGACAUAAAUGUGAUGGAGAACACCAUCAAGCAGUCUGAGAAUGACCUCAAUAAGCUCUUGGAGUCCACUCGGCGCCUGCAUGAAGAGUACAAACCCCUGAAGGAGCACGUAGAUGCCCUACGGAUGACUCUGGGCUUGCAGAGGCUGCCAGAUCUGUGUGAGGAGGAAGAGAAACUCUCUCUUGAUUACUUUGAAAAGCAGAAAGCUGAAUGGCAGACAGAACCACAGGAACCUCCCAUUCCAGAAUCUCUGGCUGCAGCUGCAGCUGCUGCCCAACAGCUACAAGUGGCUAGGAAACAGGACACCAGACAGACAGCAACUUUCAGACAACAGCCACCUCCAAUGAAGGCCUGUUUAUCAUGUCACCAGCAAAUUCAUCGGAACGCACCGAUCUGUCCACUCUGCAAAGCAAAGAGCCGGUCUCGGAAUCCCAAAAAACCCAAGAGGAAACAGGAUGAGUGAAACACAGAAAAUCCAUGGAGAAAACAUGUGACCCAUCCUAAUCCCUUUCCAGUAGAACUGUAAACGUGGCCAGUUUAUUGAAGUGCAGACUUAAGUAUGACUUACCCAUUGUUUUCUAGUUAAUGUGACGUAAAGCACAAUGUUUCUCUUCCGUCUUAAUUUCCAUCCAGUCCUCACAUUCUGGUUUUAGGAGAAGUGCUGAUGGUGCUACACUUUAACAUUUUAGUCAUUCCAUCUUUUUGACUCCUAAGCCAAAUGGAACUUCUAAUGCAAGUAGUCUGAAUGCCGAUGAGCACUUUGUAGAUCUGAUUGCAGAGAAGGACAGAUGAUCCCUCCUGUGAAGAUAUAUUUGAGGAUACAUGUUUCAUAGUUAAAUACAUUAGACCUAAGGUACCACUACUGUACUUGCCAAAAUGUCCCUGUGUUUUUCUAUCUCUACACUGUUUGCCACAUAGUAACUUUUGCUAAAAAGCAGGCACUGUCUAUAAAACCAGAAUAUUCUUAAUGAUCAAGUGUUACUACAGCAAGUUGUUUUUUUUUGUUUUUUUUUGAGAGAGAGAGAGUUGUUGCUAAAGGAUUACUCUAAUUUUCUCAUAACAGAAAUCCACUUGAGGCACAGAAGUUGCUGAAUAUCCAUUUGCUAUGCUAAAGACCCAUGCCUUGACCUAACCAGCAAGAUUACAUGGGCUAGAUAUAGAGUAAAACUCAGCGUAUCCAAGGAUUUGGGGGUAUGUCUGAAAUGACCGGGAAAAAUAGGGUUAUGGGCACACGGGAGAUCAACAUAUAGUUCAGUUUUAUGGGGUUUGAUUGUAUGGUUCCUACAGAACUGGAUUAAAAUUUGAGAAGGGGAUCAAGCCAUUGUAUCCAUAUUAAUAUAAAAUUAUGUUUAGCAUCUUAGUUAGGCCAUUUUCAGCAAUCGUAAAACAGACUUCAAUUCAAUUAAGAACUAACUAAGGCCUCAACAGCAUUUGUGGACUUCCUGGGCUCUGCUGCCAAAGAGCUAAUCCUAGUUCUUCAGGGGAAAUCAUAAAAUACCCUGGAUUUUAGUGAUCAUUGACUGCAAUAUUAGCCAUUCUAAACCUCCUCUCCCCCUUACAACUAUGGGUCAAAAUCAGCUUUAGAGUAGGCAGGUACAACGCCCAUUGAAGUCACAAGGAAUUUCACUUGUGUACGCCUGAGUAGUACUGGUUGAAAAUUUUAUGGUGAAAACUGAGUUUUUGACAAAAGGAAGUUUUCACCAGAUGAGUGCACUUUCCUAUAAAAACUUCUUGUUUUUCAACAAAAAAAAAUCAAAAUUUUCCACAGAAAAAAGCCAUUUUCCAACCAGCUCUACUCCAGAGCUGACUUCCACUUCUUGCUCUACACAUGUGCCAACAGAGCUCUGGCUGGAGUAUCUAUCAGAUUCCCCUGAUAUAGGGUGAGCGCCUUUCCUUAUUUCAGCCAAAGUAAGAGUAGCUUCUCUGAGGAAGGGCAAGAACAGGGACCUAGAACCUCCUGGUUUCUAAUCCCAACUAUACCACUUAGUCCUGGUGCCUUGAGAACAUAACUAACUGCUUUGUGAUUGACACUCUUCAGUAGGGCUGAUAAUACUGACUUGUCUCACAGGGGGAUUGUGCAAAUUAAAGAGCCUUGAAUAUUAAGAAUAUUUCUAAAGUACUAAAUAUUCUUUUCAAUAACACUUGGGAUUACAGAAGGAGGGAGCCCCUUCCCUAGGUUUUUAUCCUCCCCUCUCCAUUGCCCCAAUCCUUCAUCCAUACUUGUGCUGGAGUGGUUGUAUUAAGGCAGAGGACCCCAAACUGUGGGACAUUCCCCUCCCCCCCCCCCAGGAGGGCAUGGAGGUACGUUCAGGUUUGGGGGGGCCCAGGCCAGCCCCCAUGGAGAGCGGAGAGGGAGGGACAUCCAGCCCCUCUCUGUCCCCAGUUCCGCUCCAGCCCCA